AUGCCGCAGCCGCAAGUCAAGAAACGCAACGCAACGGGCGCUGGCACGAGCACCACCAUGGAGCCGCCCUCCACGACGUCAACCUCGAAACGAGGCCCAACGUUGACGUGGCACGAGGCCGCUGAGUGGCAGCGCGACAGCAAGUACAUCCUCAGCGGCUAUCGUCGCGAAAAGGCCGAUUAUCUCGAGAUCCUUACCAGCCUGACCUUCCUACACAACGAAACGUGCAAUGUGUACACUCACCUAAUCGGCGCAGUGCUCCUACCGCUCAUCGCCACCACGAUCCUACGGGGUCUCUCGCAGUCUCAAUUCUCCGUCGUGUCGGGGACCGACUACACCAUGUUUGGAAUCUUCUUUUGGUCCGCUGAGUUUUGUCUGCUUUUCAGCACGGCCUUCCACCUACUUGGCGCACACUCGCGCGAAGUCGAGCAUUUUUGGCAUCGCAUGGACCUACUAGGCAUCGUCAUUGUCAUCAUCUCGGGAUCCUCCACAGCUGCCCUGAUCUGCAUACCUGUCUUUAGCACGCUACGCUGGCGAAAGCUAUACGGCCUCGAGUACAUGACUCAGUAUUCGGGAAUGAACUGGUAUCUGCUCGAGCUGGCUAUAUACGGUAGUGGGACUACUCUUUAUGCGCUCCGGAUUCCCGAACGCUUUGCUCCCGGUAAAUUUGAUAUUUGGUGCAGCUCUCAUCAAAUCUUCCACGUCUGCAUCUUGUGUGCUAUGUAUAUACACACUUUUGGCCUAAUGCAGGCUUUCACAGCGUGCCAUACAUUGGACAUUUGCAAAAUCCAGGCUGCCCACAAAGCAGGUCAAAGAUCGUAA